UUUCGCCCAGAGAUGAAGCCAUGCUACAACUUGCAACCCGGUCUACAAUAUAUUGACAAAAGAAAUUAUGCCAGUGGGAACCACAGAAGCAAAAACGGCAGAAGUUGUAGUACCCGUGCAAACUGUAACGGUGUCUAGUGACGUUACAGUGAGUGUAUCUAGUGAGAUGGGCACGGUGGUAGGGGCUUCAGCUGCUAAGGCCAACCAUACCUCUGGAGCUCCCUCUGUAAAGCGCCAGAAAGUGGAGCAAAGCGUCCGCUUACAAUGCGGCUUCAUCAUUCCCAGAAAGCAACGUCAGUGCGGUAUGACACGUCGCGCCGGCCAGGACUUCUGCGCGGUGCAUUCUACAAAUCCGGAGACAGCUCAGAAACGUGUUGCGUGUCCCCAGGAUGGCCGCCAUUCCGUGUGGGAAAAGGAUUUGCAGCGGCACUUACUCAAGUGCAGGGUUGGGAUUCCCAACACCUAUGAGGUGUGGUACAAGGAAAACCUCAACCUUCCCCAGGAGUCGGAGCGAGCCGUGUGUGCUGCGAACACUUCAGUGGCCUCCUCUGCGGUGACCGGUGACAUCACUGCGGAAGACUUUGCUAUGUGGAUUCCUGUCAUUGAAACGGUCUUUUCUGCUUUCGCUCCUUUACCAUUUAUCCAGCAUAACCACGCGAGCUUGUCGCUUCGCUUAGGCGAGCUUGGUAACCAGAAACAUGCCAUCCAGCAGGCAUCCUUGAUCGGCCACCUUCACGCAGAGGGCUUGCUCGUGCCGAAGGGCGACGCCGCGCACAUUUUCAUGGAGUUUGGGUGCGGUAGAGCCGAGUUAUCGCGAUACGUCAACCAGGCGGCCCUCCACCAUAGCGUGGGGCCCAUUCGUGACGGCGCGAGCGGUUUCGUGUUGAUAGACCGUGCAAGCAACAGAAACAAGUUGGAGCAGAAGUUGGUCAAGGAUUAUUAUGAGGCAAAUGCGAAGUGUCCGUUGGUGCAAGCUGAUACGAAGAAGGCGCACGCGCCGAGCGUGUUGCGCAUGAAGGUUGACAUCAAGGACUUGCUGCUCGAUGAGGUGGUGAAGAUGCCAGAAAUGGCUAAGUUUGGCGAUAGAGUGAGGUUUAUUGGCAUUUCUAAGCACUUGUGCGGUGCUGCAACAGAUUUGACGUUAAGAUGUAUCCAGAAUUCCCUUGAAAUGGUGAAGAACAUGCGGUUCAAGGGCUUGGUGGUGGCCAUGUGCUGCCGCCACUGUUGCGCAUACGAUAUCAUGCUCCCAGGAGCAAAGCAAUUCCUCACCACCCGCGGCCUAGAUGCGCGCGCGUUUGCGGUAAUGAUGAAGAUGGCUUCUUGGGCUGUUUCUGGGCGCCGUCCGGGAAUGGCAGAUGAAGAUUUGAACGGCCACAUCAGCGGCCUCACAGUCAAGGAAAGAGAAGAAAUCGGGUUGAAGGCACGACGUAUCAUAGACGAGUCGCGCCGGUUUGCGUUGGAGAGUAGUGGCUUUGACGUCAAGUUGUGUCACUAUGUCGAACGCGAUAUCUCGCUUGAAAACGUCUGUUUGAUCAUCAAGCCAAAGGGCGAGGGAAGUGAGAGCCCGUAAUUUUCUUUCUUUAAUAUGACCUUAUAUCUGAUACCUGGCUAC